AGCCGGGUUGGUUAAAUGGUGGUUGUGUGGGGACGUUGGAUGACUUUGUCGGUGUGUUUCGCGGUGUAGCUGAUUAUCAGCUCCAUUCAUUCUGACAGGUGGCGAUUCUGCUAGACAAUGGAGGCACUUAUCCCCGUCAUAAAUAAACUUCAAGACGUGUUCAACACAGUCGGUGCGGACAUAAUUCAGCUGCCGCAAAUUGCUGUUGUGGGGACACAGAGCAGUGGGAAGAGCUCUGUGUUGGAGAGCCUCGUGGGUCGUGACCUACUGCCCCGUGGUACUGGCAUCGUCACCCGGCGCCCCCUCAUCUUGCAACUUGUCCAUGUGGACCCAGAGCACCGCAGGAAGACGAGUCAAGAGAACGGUGUGGAGAAUGAAGAAUGGGGGAAGUUCCUGCACACGAAAAACAAGGUCUACACAGAUUUUGAUGAAAUCAGACAAGAGAUUGAAAUGGAAACUGAGAGAAUUUCAGGCACGAAUAAGGGCAUCAGCGAUGAACCCAUUCAUCUGAAAAUCUUCUCUUCUCAUGUGGUGAACCUCACCCUUGUGGACCUGCCAGGCAUCACAAAGGUUCCAGUGGGCGACCAGCCAAAAGACAUUGAGAUCCAGAUCCGAGACCUGAUCUUGAAGUACAUCAGUAACCCCAACUGCAUUAUCCUGGCUGUCACUGCUGCUAACACAGACAUGGCCACCUCUGAGGCCCUGAAAGUGGCCCGGGAAGUCGACCCCGAUGGCCGCAGGACUCUGGCCGUUGUGACCAAACUGGACCUGAUGGAUGCUGGCACCGAUGCGAUGGAUGUGCUAAUGGGCAGAGUCAUUCCCGUCAAACUGGGGCUCAUCGGAGUGGUCAACAGAAGUCAGCUGGACAUUAACACCAAGAAGACCGUGGCCGACGCAAUUCGAGACGAGCACAACUUCCUGCAGAAGAGGUAUCCUUCGCUUGCCAACAGGAAUGGAACGAAAUAUCUGGCCAAGACACUGAACAGACUUCUGAUGCACCACAUCCGCGACUGUCUCCCGGAGCUCAAGACCAGGAUCAACGUGCUGGCGGCGCAGUACCAGUCACUGCUUAGCAGCUACGGUGAGCCAGUGGAGGACCAGAGCGCCACGUUGCUGCAGCUCAUCACCAAGUUCGCUGCCGAAUACUGCAACACCAUCGAGGGAACGGCCAAGUACAUCGAGACGGCGGAGCUGUGCGGAGGAGCCCGGAUCUGCUACAUAUUCCACGAAACGUUUGGUCGAACGCUGGAGUCGGUGGAUCCACUCGGAGGACUUACGACCAUCGAUGUGCUGACCGCCAUCAGGAAUGCCACAGGACCACGUCCUGCCCUCUUUGUGCCCGAGGUGUCUUUUGAGCUGCUGGUGAAGAGGCAGAUAAAACGGCUAGAGGAGCCCAGCCUGCGCUGUGUGGAGUUGGUGCAUGAGGAGAUGCAGAGGAUCAUCCAGCACUGCAGUAACUACAGCACCCAGGAACUGCUGCGGUUUCCAAAACUCCAUGAAGCCAUUGUAGAAGUUGUUACGUCUCUCCUUAGGAAGCGGCUUCCUAUUACCAACGACAUGGUACACAACCUUGUGGCCAUCGAGCUGGCCUACAUCAACACCAAGCACCCAGACUUUGCUGAUGCCUGUGGGCUCAUGAACAACAACAUAGAGGAACAGAGGCGUAACCGAAUGAGAGAGCUGCCAUCCACCGCCCCUCGGGAAAAGGUACACCAGCGACGCCAACCCACUCUUCUCUACUUAUUCCUGAACGUCCCUUCGCUUGGUGGUGCGCGCUCAGAUGACGGCUUGCUGAUGGUGUGUAACCUAACUGUUCCCCAGGGUGCUGGUGGUGAGCCAGAGGCCAGCACAGGGACCUGGAGGGGCAUGCUGAAGAAAGGAGAGGAGGGUCCAGCGGAAGAGAAGGCAAAGGCCCAGGGCUCCUUGCCUGCCAGUCCCCAGAAGGGCCAUGCUGUCAACCUGUUGGAUGUGCCUGUCCCUGUUGCUAGGAAGCUCUCGGCUCGUGAGCAGCGUGACUGCGAGGUCAUUGAGCGACUCAUUAAAUCAUACUUCCUCAUUGUGAGGAAGAACAUCCAGGACAGUGUGCCCAAGGCAGUAAUGCACUUUCUGGUGAACCAUGUGAAAGACAACCUGCAGAGUGAGCUGGUGGGGCAGCUCUACAAGUCUGGGCUGCUAGAUGACCUGCUGAAGGAGUCUGAGGACAUGGCACAGCGUCGCAAAGAGGCCGCCGACAUGCUGAAGGCCCUACAGAAGGCCAGCCAUGUCAUCGCGGAGAUCCGAGAAAUACACCUUUGGUGAGGACACCGGGACCUGCCUGCCUACCUCCCCACUGACCCAGGUCUUCUGAAGAAGCCUGGGACAGAGACAAAGCCAACAUGAAAAUGCACUGUUGUGAAUUAUUGUGUAUCAGGUUCGUUGAAUGGACUCUGCUACAUAAAGGUCAUGGAGAAGCACGAAUAAUUAGCCCACUUGUUUGACACUGUAGUUCAUUUGUAAUUAAAUGAAAUUCGCAUAACUCGCUGUACUGUUAUAUCAGGGAUAUGUGACCCCUUGUAUAGCUAAAAUUAAAGCUGAAAUACAAACUUAGUGGUGCUGCUGGACUUUGUAUGGUCUUUCUUGCAAGGUUUGACUUUGGCCUUUUUUUUUU